GCGAAUACAACAUUGCAGAUUGGGUCACACGCGGCAAGAGUCCAAAAGAUAUUGGUAUUGACAGUAGAUGGCAAAGAGGACCCGACUUCCUCACGAAACCAGAAAGCGAAUGGCCUAUAAGUCAACACAUCCUUGAUCAACCUUUACCUGAUACCAUUAAGCAGGGUAUCGCUACCAUCGUUACAUGUCACAAAGAAAAGGAURGUAUAACGGCCAGGAUUGAUAUACAAAAAYAUUCUGACUACAAGAAGCUACUGAGAGUCACUGCAAGAGUUCUAGCUAUGUACAAGAAGAAGCCAAAACCAUCAUUUAAACACGCCUCGCAACAGCUACUUUAUGACGAUAUCGUGAAUGCAGAAAAAACUUGGAUCUUACAAGUACAGAACCAGAUGAAAAGUGACAUAGAGAAAGGGCGAUACAAACGCUUAUGCCCACGCAAACGGCAGGAUGGUAUAUAUGUUGUUGGAUAUCGCGUACAGAAAUGGGUUGAAAUGAGUUACAAUAAGUCUGAAGUUAUACUGCUUCCCUAUAAUCAUCGUUUUGCAAGAUUAUACGUUGAAUACGUACACCAAAUGGGACAUCUUGGAGUGUCAGCGACUGCCAGUAAAGUACGUACCAAGUAUUGGAUURUUAGACUUCAUAAGCUAGUWAAGUCUGUCAAGUCUAAAUGUGUUACAUGCAGGAAAAUUGAGAAGAAAUUGACAGGGCAAGUAAUGGGUCAACUUCCAGAGGAACGUUUGAAACCAGCCCCUGCUUGGAAAUCCACUGCUAUUGAUUUAUUUGGACCAUUUAAGAUAAGAGAUGAAGUGAAAAAGAGAGUGCAUGGUAAAGCUUAUGGCGUCAUCCUUAAUUGUUUAGCUUCAAGAGCUGUGCACAUUGACGUAGCAUCAGAUUACAGCACUGACAAAUUUUUGAUGGUAYUACGACGAUUCGCGUCUUUACGUGGAUAUCCUUCGACACUUUAUUCUGACAACGGCCCGCAGUUGGURUCAGCAAGCAAUGAACUCAUAAAUGUAACKAAGCACUGGAAGCAKACCGAGCUCGAAGCUUUUGGURUGGUGGAGGGAUUUCAAUGGAAAUUUACUUCUGCUGAUGCGCCCUGGCAGAAUGGCAUAUCAGAAGCUUUAAUUAAAACCAUCAAACGCACAUUGAAAUUGGUGAUUGGUGAAAAUACUUUGACAUUUUCUGAGCUACAARCCGUCUGUUUCGAAGUAGCGAACUUAGUAAAUGAGAGACCCAUAGGUCGUCACCCUACAUCACCAGACGAUGGGACGUAUCUAUGCCCGAAUGAUCUACUACUUGGGAGAUCAAGUCCUAGAAUCCCAGGUGGACCCUUUAUGGAAGCARCCAGUCAAARACAAAGAUUUGAGUUYAUCCAAAGUAUAAUCAACAGAUUUUGGAAGAAGUKGACUGUGGAUUACUUCCCAAGUCUGAUUGUUAGACAAAAGUGGCACACYUCAGCCAGGAAUGUGCAGGAAGGGGAUAUUGUUUUGGUUGCGGACUCCAAUUCAGUCAGGGGCCAAUGGAAAAUGGCAAGAGUGUCAAAAACCUUCCCRGGAAAGGACGGAAAAGUAAGGAAGGUUGAGUUGAAGUACAAAAACCCGAAGAAAAGAGAACCCGUCAAGAUCUACAAAGGACAAGGAUUCGUAACUAUAGAUCGRCCAGUACACAAACUGGUGGUUAUAGUUCCUGUAGAGGAACAGAACUAAAUAUCUGACUAUUUAUUUUGAAAUGAUUUUGUCAUGCCUACACUUUAUUUCUCGGUGGCCGGAGUGUAUCGUUUAAAUACUAAUCGAUAUUGUAUUGUGUGAUUGCGUUACGUCGCGCGUUACGUAGUUUUACGUCACUAAAUGUAAUUAACUUAAUUAUCGUUGUUCAUUGUGAAGACCUUGUAUUAUCGGAAGGACCAUAAGAUUUCGAACCAUAUAAUUGUUGGUGAUCAACUCUGUAAUUCUGAUAAUUGGUCACGAUGACAAUAAAGUGUUUGGAACUGUG